AUGAAGCCCGUCAUAAAAUACAUUUUCUCCUCUUUAGCUGGAUUGAUGUAAUUAUAGGUGGAGAAUUUUUUCAAUCUAAAUAUUAAGGAUGAAUGUGCUUUUUCUUUCCAUACUUACUGUUUUAUGCAGGUUUGCUUCAUGUGCAGAAUGGUGUUAUCAGACCCAAGUCACUUGCAAUAGCACGUGCGUAGGACCGGAUGAAUGGGCAACCAUUUACCAAAACUGUGGAAAUGUACAUCAGUCACCCAUUAACAUUGUAACAAAGAAUGCUUCCACAGUCAGUCAUCUGACCGAAAUGGUGUUUACAGGCUAUGAAGAGAUGAUCAAUAGAGUCAUUAUAAACAAUGGACACACAGUGCAAAUGAAUCUGCCAAACAUAGCAACAAUUAAAGAGGCCAAUUUAGAAGGCACUUACAUAGCUCAGCAGCUUCACCUGCACUGGGGCAAGAAUGGUGGACCUGGAUCAGAACAUACUAUAGAUGGAGAGAAAUACCCUAUGGAGCUGCAUAUUGUACAUAUAAAAGAAAAGUACAGCUCUGUGGAACAAGCCAUCAAUGACUCUUCUGGAGUGGCUGUUCUUGGAUUUUUUUAUGAGGAAUCAGAAAAUGCCAAUAAAAAUUAUGAAGCCAUCAUAAAUUCUCUGGAAAAUAUUACACACCCUGGCACCAAUGUUACACUUGGAGAUGUAUCAUUAGACAUGCUUAUUCCCCCCCAUGAUAAAUUGGCGAAGUACUAUCGCUACCAGGGGUCCCUCACCACACCAGCCUGCUCUGAAGCAGUGGUCUGGACAAUAUUUGAGGAAAGAAUACCACUCAGCAAAGAACAGCUUUCUGCAUUUUCAAACUUGACGUUUUCUGAUGGGACUGCCAUGGUAAACACAUACCGACCCGUUCAGCUGCGGAAUGAUCGUGAGGUGUUUUAUUCUAGGAGUUAUGUUUUCUGUGUUAGCACUGCCUUCUUGAUCAGCUCUGUUUUCACAUCACUCUAUGCUCUCAUGUUGUGAUUUAUGGGUAUUACUCAAAGCAAGUUAUUUAUCAUUUCUUAAUAAUUCAAGACCAAUCAAACUUUACUGUUGUUCAGCCUGUGGCUUCAACAGUGUUAUUAUCUAACAUAAAAUUAACCUGAAGCACAUCCUAUGUCAGAGGCCUUCUCACAUGUAUCUAAUGAACAUUAUUUAUACAAAAGUCAUUGAACUGAUAUUGUUGUGAAAAGCGUUGUAAAAGUACAAUUUUUAGCUUGGUAGGCCUAAUUGUUCAGUCCCAAUUGUAAAACAAUAAUAAAAAAUCUGAUGAACAAACAAAUAAA